AUGAACAGGUUGAAGUCCAAGACCUGGCCAGCUACUUUUGUCCUGCCAAAGUCCUUCCCACCAGUUGUAAUGGAGGCAUUGGGGAAACGAUCUUACAUGGAGAAAAAGGCACGAAGCAAGUUUAUACAAGCCAUAUAUGACGCAAUUUGUCAAUGCACAAUGUGAGUAAACAGUAAAUAUUGAUUCAUGUAGAUUUCAACGCCUGCAAUUUACCAGAAGGUUAAAAUAAUUGCAUAUGCAGGUGGCUUGGGACAAGCUUCUCUAAAGUCAAUGGAAGUCCAUUUCAAGGAAACAUUUCAUAUCCUUUAUGGGCAAGAAAUUGCUGAGCCAUUGUAAACUGCAGAUCUGAAUCAUUUUGAGUUUGUAAAUGUUGUAGUUAAACAAACAAAAAACAUUAAUUACCUGAGUUAAAAAAUUAACUAUAACAUAUACACAACUGGGUUAGCUACAUUGUAACUCAUGCAGUACACCCACACUUGCAUGUGAGCUACAUUUGUGUCUAAUAUGUAUUAUAAGUGGACACAAUAUGCUCUAGCCUGUCUUAGGCUUGGUUAUUUACAAAUUUAAAACAAAAAAUACAGAAAGAACAGACUUAGUAAUGCUGUAGGGUGCCUGCACAAAAGUAUUUUACCUAAUUUUAUUCCUGCAUUUUUGGGGAAAAAAGGUUCUGGUAUUAUGCAGAGAGAGAAAAACACUGCUGAAAAUGAAUGUAUGCAUUAAAACUAUUAUGUCAGAAAUCACUUAUAUCAUUCUAUUUAACUUUGAACGUGACAGGUCUCCUACAGCAGAUCAAAGAAGACAAGUUUGCAGAAAAAUCAUAACAGAUUAUCCUUUUCAAGCUGAUGUAGAUGGUGGUUGUGUAAGUAGAUAUAUUAUUAAUAUGACAAUUAAUUGAAUUUGAAUGAAAGAGCCAAAGACUUAACACAACAAAAACUGCAAAUUUGGUAUCUGGAUUAAAGAAAAUAAAGUUUACCCAGAGCUUUACUCUGAUCAAUAACAGGCUAUGUGUAUGUUCUGUUUAACUACGCAACGGGGCCUGCCAUAAGUGACCACCCACGGUGCAAAGAUUAGAGGUUUGGUAUUGAAGUGUCACUAAACUGGAACAUUCAGUGCACAUGGUGAUCAAACCAUGCGCCAAAUGGUUGUUAACAUGAUGUUAAGAACAAUGAAAAUUCAAACAUCUUUAUUGAAAAAAGUGGUCUCGUGAGAGGAUUAAACUGUAGUGACUUGACUGGAAAAAGUUUGGUGUUUUGGAUAGGUGGCAGCUUCUAUAUGACAGGUGGUUGUGUUGUGGUUCAGUUUUAUCCUUGGUUUAAUUUUUAUUUCCCUUUGUUUCAAACUCAUUAUCAUACAUUACCAUGCCCAAAAACAAAGGAAAAUAAAAAUUAAAAAAGGAUAAAAUUGAACCACAACAGUUGCACAUAAAGGUUCAAUUGUAUUUACUAUACUGUUUAUGAACUUACGGUGCAGUAUCCAACAUGACAAUCAAUACUAUUAUUACAAAUGAAUAAUAUUGUUGCACAUAAAUUUUAAGAGUAACAAUAUUAUUUAUAUAAAAUAAAAUUAUAGAUGAACUGUACUUGACACUCUUGUGAUUUUAACACUUAACAGGAAAGCUGGUAUAGAAUCCUCACUGAUAAAUGCAAGAAUGAAUGUCGUGGUUAUGUGCCAGAUCCAGUGGUGAUGGCACGAAAAAGGAAAAACCCAGAUGGUAGCAUAAAACAGCCAAAUCCCGCAAAGGGACUACGAAGGGGGAUUGUAAAAUGGGCUCCCCCACAUAUUGAAGGAGAGGACGAAGCAUCCCAUGCCAGGCAUGUCAAGUGGAUGCACUCAGAAUGGAAAAAAAAAGAAAAAAGACACAGCCUUGUAACAAGAAAAAUGGACCUCACAUAUUCCUUCCGAAGGGAGUACUUAACAAAGGAGAUGGUACCUCUACUGGACAUCAAAGAAAAAUAUCCAUUUCUAUUUGAUGAAAAAGAGGUAAGCUUAGACUACAGUUUAGUCACACGUUCGUCACGCUACAUUUUUUAAAAGCUAAAAUGUGUGUUAAUUCUUAUCAAUUGAAUUCUAAAAACACUGGUCCAGUUUUGCUUUGUAAGACUAGGCAUUGAAACUGUUUCUAGUUCUCUGUUGCUACAGAUCACAAGGAUGGACAUGGAUUGAAACCCAGGGGGUACUUGACCAAUCGGGAAGAGGUGCAGGGUCGCUAAGAGUUUGAAACCCUGUCCCUGUUUAGAACAAAAAAAUCCCUAGAAAAAUACAAAACCCUUAAUUUUAUUACCCUGUUUAGGAAAAAGGACACAUACACUGUUUAGGACACGCAGAAUCGCGCAAAACUAUUAAGUGAUGUACAGAGUACCUGUUUAGGAGAGAGUGGCGAAAACCAUAUCCUGUCUAGAGGUGCAUUUCCGUAUACAUGUAGGUUAUUACCCACCCUAGGAUUUUACUGUUUUCGUCAGGUUGGAAAGAACUAAAAAUAAAAAAUAUGUAAUGGUGAUAUAAAUAUGUUAAAUUCUUAUGGAUAAUUGUUUUGAUUACAAAAUUUCAGGUACGACAUGAAUACUGCAGGCUAAUGGCUGAUGAAGAUGCAGCGACUGGCAUUGAAGAAAAAUUCUUAAAACUGGGUUCCAAAAUUAUUGAAUACAGCAAAAGAAAAAAUCUAACAGGAUCGGAGCCACUUCUCGAUCUACUUAAGUGUGACUCUGAUGAUGAAGAGGAUACUCCGCCCACGUCAGGUAAAUAACUUUUUAAAGCACACUACUGUAGAUUAAUUUGCCACAACAUCCUUUCUUUUUGUUAGUGUUUACAAAUAUAGGAUAUUACCUGGCCGCGCGGAGAUAUACAACAUUUCUCUUUGAGUGUUUCACAAGUAAGCGCAGCGAACGAGUGAAAUAUUUUCAAACACCAUUAUGAUUAAAAUAAACACCAAUGUAAUGCCAAACCAUUUCAAUUAAAUAUUUUUUGGCUGCAAAAGGCAGGAUUUGUUAUGUAGCGAUAGCACUAGUGAUCUUUUCAUAAUUAGGUGAAAAUAACAUGUUAUUUUCAUGUGUGAAGAUAUCAUGUUUUUCACACAAAAGCUCACCUGGUAUUUCACCGGUGUUUAUAUAAUAAAUUUUUAUAUCACUUUUAAUAACCCCUUCUCCUUUCUCUUUUACUCUGACCCAUUACUACGGUUGGAGCAGAGGAAAACAAAACAGUGAAUGGGUGUUGCCCAUUAAGCUUACACAUUUUUGUCUCUUGUGAAACAAAAACUGAUCACUUACUUUUAUGUCCAAUUUAUAUAGAGGACCAAGCACUCAUUGCCCUGUGUCUUCUGCCGAUGAUACUUGAAAGGGCACCGAAAAAUGGCCAGAGCCAAAGUGACUUUCUUUACCAGGUAAGAAAACAACAAUACAGUUAGAGUCAAUACCCUAUCUUUCUUGUUCAUAUAAAUGCCAUUACAAAUCAUAGUUGUAAGAUAUUACAUAAAGCUCGAUCUCUGCAUCUCUCUGAUGUUUGAAUUUUUCAUAGUUUUUACCUUCAUGUUAACAACCAUGAAUGUUGCAGUUGAGUGACACUUGCCAAAAAUUAAAAUAAAUAAGCUUACUUUCAGAUUACGUACAAUAAUGCAUCAGUCAGUAUAGGUAAAGGUUGUUUGCUUACCACUACAACAUGCCUAGUAUCAGAGACAUACGUUUCGUCACUCACCACAUUAUAAAGAAUAUUAGAAGGUUCAAAAUCAGCUUGCAAUAAAGUAUGAAGAUCAACGUAGAAUUUGCCAGAGAAUUUGCCAGCGUGCUUUACUCAGGCAAAAGUGUCAGCGGUUUCUACUGUGACCAGUGGAGGGGUCGUUUAAGGUGGCACGAAACUAUUUUUUAAGCGCUUUGGUUAUAUUUUUUAAUCGCGUUUUGUGACAGGAACGAUUCAAACGAUUUCUAUGAUUUUUUUUACAGUUUUUGUGAAAAUUCGGUUUUAAACAUAAUCUAAUAUCUCAAAAAGUUUUUUACCUACACGAAAAUAAAUAACCGUUUCUUAAAUUUGCACUAUUCUUUGUUAAGAUGACAAAAUUCAUAGAAAUCGGUUAAAUCGUAGCAAUCGUAAAAAACAUAAAUAGGGUUCGGGCUACCUGAAGAAUUGGAUGAACAUACAGAACUUUCCAUUUCAAUAUUUAUUGCCAUUUAUCAUGCUGCAGUAGUUGAUAAAACACAUUUAGUGAACGUGUUCUUUUGGCUUAUUUUUCCUCUUAGAACGGUGAUGAUGCAAAGAAAAUUGCCCAUAACGCCAAGGAGGGAAUGACGCCCUUUAUCAUCUUUGAGGGGCAACUGCAAGCCCCAGAUGACAUAUACCUUAGUGGGGAAAGGAAUCUCCUCCUAAAGGUUAAUGGAGGACAUACCAGCGCUUUGGUCACACUUCUGCUGAUAUAUUUUGUUUGCAACAUAGAAUAUCCAAAAGAAUGUAGAAACACAUAUUUAUUUCUCCAGAGAGAGGUUUUGAAUGUUUACGACAGUGUUAAACUACCGACGAAAGUUUUACAACUCAUGAAUGAACUGACUCAGUUCUAA